AUGGCCGACAUAUCAACCAUUCAGAAAUGUGGAUAUGAAAAUACACUUCGUGCAAACAACAGAGCUCUAGCCAGAGCACUUUGCAAGAAAAAACUUGAACUGUCUGAACUUAGAAGAAAAUUUCUUAUACUUCAAAAUGAAAAUCAACUGUUGAAGUUUCAUUGCAAUGAAAAUGUCUCUAAUGAUAAUUGUUUAUACGAGGAGAAAUCAAAAGUUUUCCAAAACACUUUGAAUGGAGAAGUUGUUAAAUUGUAUAAGAUUUGUCAAAAUCUAGUGAGUUUAUCUGAAGAGUGUAAUAUUUUCUGUGAAGGCAAAGGCAAAAUUUCAGAUGGGCUUGCCUCUGAACAGACAAAAUUGCCUUCAGAUCAUUUAGCAGCUCUCGAGUCAAUGCAGAUGAAUGGUGUGUUGAAUAACUAUGACUCCAUUCAAAAUGCUCCUAAAGCUGUAUUGGCUACAGAUAAUAGAUUGGAUGAUUUAUUUUCAAGGCUGCCUGCAAAACCUCAAAGAGUUCAGAGAAUGUUGGAGACGAAUGGAAACAUGAAUGAUGAUAUCAUUGAUGCUCCAGCUAACUGCUGCAACGAUGCUUUUGAAUUUGAUUUUAUGAUGUGUAAAAAAUUAAGCACUAUUACAGAACUGUCAGAGAAUGAUCUCACGUGCAUUAAAGACGAUGAGUUUCUCUCUAAGCAAGGAAACUUAAAUGAAUCUAUAGUAAGCCCCAGUCAACGUAUCACUGAGAAUUUAACCAGCACAUAUACCUCUCCAACCGAAAGAAAUCCACUUGAUUUAUCAUCUGACGUUCUUCAUACUGAAAAUCUGUCCUUCGUUACUGAAUAUUCUGACAAACUCUCAAAUGGUUUGAGAUUUUCCAAAAAUUGUGCGGCAGACAAUAACUUUGAAAUUAAAUACAAUAUCAGAUCUGAAGGCACUAUUUGCAUUGACGAAGAAAAUAAUCAACCAUUAGAAAAAAUAAAAAAUAAUCAUUAUUCCUGUGUUUCAAAUAAAUUGGAAAAUAUUAAAGGUGGUUCAACGAAGGUUCAAUCAGCUGAUAGUGAAUCAAAUCUGAAAACUAUCCCAUAUUUUGCCAGCGUGUCUAAGGAAAGAUUUGCAAAACAUCUUGAUGAUAAAAAACUAGCUGGCUGUCUCAACGAAAAUGGCAGACAUUUAAAAGACAACCAUUGUUCUGUUACAAAACGUGAUAUACUGCUGAAUGAUUUAAAUGUAUUGAAUGUUAUUGCAAACCCUAGUAAAGAAUACCAAUCUUCCUGUAGUAACACGAAAAAUUAUAAAAAUAUGGUUGUUGAGACCUCUGAUGAUGAAAAUUGUCCCGACUUGAAUGAGCUCAGAAGAACUCAUCUGUUCACUGAAAAACUUCUAAUUUCACCUUUAAUGAAACGAAAGAAAAGUGACGAGUGUUCGACAUUGAAAAAUGGAACUUCACCUGAAUAUCCUAAAGCUAAGAAACUUUCAAGUCUGUCUCCCAUAUUGCAAUUGGUUGAUGUAAAAUCUUUUCUACAAGUCUGCGAAUCAAAUGUAACUUGUAAAGGCGUUCAAGAAAUUUUCUCUGAUCAAAGGAUACAUGAAUCAUUAAAUAUUAAAACAACCGAAACUGAUGAUCAUAAUUCUUCCCAGAAUUUAAGUCAUACCUCCACCGAUAUUGAAAGCAAUAUAUUAAAAUGUUUAGAAAACGCUGAUGUGUCAAACUGCCCGGACUCAGCACAAAUGUAUAAUCAUAAUAACGCAAAUAAAAAAAUUAACAAAAGAUUGUCAUCUGUAUCGACAUCAUCUGAAUCAAGGUAUUCUUCAAAUGUUCUUUCAAACUUUCUGUUUUUUGUAAAGUUGUCUGCUAUAAUACUUGAAAAUAAUGUUCAAUUGAGUAAGAUAGCGAUGAAUAUCGAAACAGAUUGUCAGAAGACUUCAGAGCAGGAAGAAGAAACAAAUUUGUGA